GCCGCAACGGCAAAAAGACUGGGUUCCGCGGGAGUUGUCAGCCGUGCACCUGAUUUUCAAAAGCGGCUUGGGUAAGAACAUCGGCCGACGGGACGCGCUCAAACCUUUUUUCUUUUUUUUGCACUUAAAGUGGGGCAGACAGGUCAAACCUUGCUUCCCUUUCUUUCUCUACUUUUCUCACACUAAAAAAAAGAAGCAAAGAUGCUGUCGGCCGCCACCCGUGUUGCAGUUAACCCAAGCCGUAUGGCUUCGCGUGCUUUCGUCUCCACCUGGAGCAAUGUCCCUCAAGGUCCUCCCGACGCUAUCUUGGGUGUAACCGAGGCUUUCAAGAAGGACACUGACCCAAGAAAAAUGAACUUGGGUGUGGGCGCCUACCGUGACGAUAACGGUAAGCCCUAUGUCUUGUCCAGCGUCAAGAAGGCCGAACAAAUCCUUUUGGACAAGGGUCUUGACAAGGAAUACGCUGGCAUUACCGGUUUGCCUGACUUCACCAAGUCUGCUGGCGAGCUUGCCUAUGGCGAAAACAGCUCUUUGAUCAAGGACAAGCGUCUUGCCAUCACCCAGAGCAUUUCCGGUACUGGUGCCCUCCGUAUUGGUGCUGCUUUCUUGAACGCCUUCUACCCCCACGCCAAGACCGUGUACGUUCCUAACCCCACCUGGGGUAACCACAUCCCUAUCAUGAAGCACUCUGGUCUCGGCUUGGAGAAGUACACCUACUUUGACAAGGAGACCAACGGUCUCAACAUUAGCGGCAUGUUGGAAGACAUCAAGGGUGCCCCCAAGAACUCGGUCUUCCUUCUCCACGCCUGUGCUCACAACCCCACAGGCGUCGAUCCCACCCAGCAGCAAUGGGACGAAAUCUCGCAAGUCAUCAAGGAACGUGGCCACUUUGUCUUCUUUGACAUGGCCUACCAAGGCUUCGCUUCGGGUGACUGCAACCGCGAUGCUUAUGCUUUGCGCAAGUUCGUCGACGAGGGCCACCCUCUCGUCCUUUCGCAAUCGUUCGCAAAGAACAUGGGUCUCUAUGGCGAGCGUGUAGGCGCUUUCUCCGUUGCGUGCGCCGACGAAGCUGAAAAGGCACGUGUCGAGUCCCAGCUCAAGAUCCUUAUCCGUCCCAUGUAUUCCAACCCUCCCAUCCACGGUGCCCGCCUUGUCAGCACUGUCCUCAACACCCCUGAGCUCAAGAGCGAAUGGCUCGACGAAGUCAAGCUGAUGGCUGACCGUAUCAUCACCAUGAGAACCAAACUCCGCGGCCAUUUGGAGAAUGACUUUGGCUCCAAGAAGAACUGGGAGCACAUCACCAACCAGAUCGGCAUGUUCUGCUUCUCCGGCUUGAGCCCCGAACAGGUUGACAAGAUCAAGGAUGACUGGCACGUCUACUUGACCCGUGACGGCCGUAUCUCCAUGGCCGGUAUCUCCUCUGGCAACGUCAAAUACCUUGCUGAGGCUAUCCACAACGUCACCAAGGAUUAAAUAACUGCUUCAUCAUUUCCCUUCACCCGUUCAUCGUCUCUUAAUUCUUUUUCUCUCUUGUUCGUAUCUUUCUUUUCCUCACAAACAACUUCUCUAUCUCUCUGUUCCG